AAUACAUGCAGUUAUGACAUACACAGUCUUUGGCUACGGUUCACUCAUCUUCAAGCCUCCACCACAUACGAUUCACCAACGACCAGGUUAUGUGAAAGGCUACGUCCGACGGUUUGCACAAAGCUCCUGGGAUCAUCGAGGUACCAUCAAGCGUCCUGGAAGGGUAGUGACCAUCAUCCCCUGGGGCGAAUGGCACACAUUGGCAGAAGAGAGGAGACACGAAGAAGCCGCAGACAAGGAAGACAUUGUCUGGGGUGUGGCAUACACUAUCGAUCCCCAGUACGAGGAUGAGGUACGAGCAUAUCUAGACUACAGAGAGAAGAACGGAUAUUCCGUGCACACGGAAGACAUCUACAACCUCGUGAACGGGAAGGAAGAGCUUAUCAUACCCCAGUGUAUAUUAUACGUCGGGCUAGCCAGCAACCCCUCGUUCGUCGGCCCUGAGCCGCUGGACUAUCUCGCUCACCGUAUAUGGAGUUGCACCGGCCCUUCCGGGGCGAACCGAGAUUACUUGUAUGGGCUUGCCAAGGCGAUUCGAGAGCUUGCACCUGGGAGCCAUGAUGUGCAUCUCGCUUCUCUGGAGACGCGAGUCCAGUCGUUGGAGGUGGACGAACGUGCAGGUUUGCUGCUGCUCCCUGCUGGGGAAGAUGUCGCCGAUUCAAAUAUGGAAGAACCACAGGGGGAGCAGUUCGCACAAGUCGCUAUCAUGGUGAAUGAAGAUACAUAG